AUGAAGCUUGGAAGCAAAGAAAUAAGGAUCAUAUCCUUGCUGUUGCUGGAUACCGUGUUUUUCGCAAUAGAAAUAACCACCGGGUACAUGUCCCACUCUCUAGCGUUAAUUGCGGAUUCGUUCCACAUGCUAAAUGACAUAAUUUCUCUUGUGGUGGCACUUUGGGCCGUAAACGUCGCCAAGAACAAAAAUCCGGAUUCCACGUAUACUUAUGGCUGGAAAAGAGCUGAGAUUUUGGGUGCGUUGGUUAACGCCGUCUUUUUGAUUGCUCUGUGCGUCUCGAUCAUGAUUGAGGCACUACAAAGGCUUAUUUCCCCUCCCGCAAUUGACAGUCCAAAGUUGGUUUUAUAUGUGGGCAUCGCAGGGUUAGUAUCGAACACUGUAGGGCUUUUCUUGUUCCACGACGGCGAUGAAGAACAUGGGCACGGUCAUUCGCACAGUGGCAUCUUUACUGAUGACGAGGCUCAUAUGCCCUCGUCGCACUCGCACUCACACUCGCAUGCACACGGCGACGAAAUAGAGGACACCUCCCGUAUGGAUAGUACCGACAACAUCAGCGAGAUUCUACCCAAUGCUGUAGUGAACAGCGUCAUGAACGAAAGUACAAGGCUACUGGAACAAGAGGGUGCUUCCAAGACACCAUCCUACACAACGUCUAGUCACACAGUUGCCAGCGCCGGCAAUGACGCAGAACACAAGGGGAGCAAGAGGUCUAUGAAUAUGCACGGUGUGUUUCUGCAUGUCCUGGGCGAUGCCCUUGGUAAUAUAGGGGUUAUGAUCUCCGCACUUUUCAUUUGGAAAACCGACUAUUCUUGGAAGUAUUACACAGACCCACUUGUCUCAUUGUUAAUCACGGGCAUAAUAUUUUCAUCUGCGCUUCCCUUAUCAUUUAGAGCUUCUAAGAUUCUGCUGCAAGCCAUGCCUUCUGCUCUGUCCGCGGAGCAGAUGGAAAAGGAUCUUCUGCAAAUACCAGGAAUCAUUGCUAUCCAUGACUUCCACGUUUGGAACUUGACAGAGUCCAUUUACAUCGCAUCUCUGCAUGCCCAACUAGAUAUCACACCGGACCAGUUUACUGGCUUGGCCAAGAUAGUUAGAACAAAGCUUCAUCACUAUGGCGUGCACUCGGCUACCUUACAGCCGGAAUUUAUACGCAAAGAACUCACCUCGGCUGCAAGAACCACGCAUACAGGGUCUGCUGGUGGCUCCCAAGAGGAUACACAUUCUUCAAGACAAAUGACAUACGAUACAACACUAUCCAACUGUCUUAUCGACGAUGCUGCCAAUUGCAACACGGCGGAUUGCUUACACGGCCCUUAA